CUGAGGGUGAAGGGCUAGCGGAGGUUGAAGAAACAGCCUUGUGACCGGUGCAAAAUGAGGUCGACGCCCCUACUGCCGCUGGCGCUGCUUCUUGCUCUGCCCGGGAGCCUGGUGGGAAAAGGGUGUCCGUCUCCGCCCUGCGAGUGCCACCAGGAGGACGACUUCAGAGUCACCUGCAAGGAUAUCCACCGCAUCCCCAGUCUCCCGCCCAGUACGCAGACUCUGAAGUUUAUAGAGACUCAUCUGAAAACCAUUCCCAGUCGUGCAUUUUCAAAUCUGCCCAAUAUUUCCAGGAUCUACUUGUCAAUAGAUGCAACUCUGCAGCGGCUGGAAUCAUAUUCCUUCUACAAUUUGAGUAAAAUAACUCACAUAGAGAUUCGGAAUACCAGAAGCUUAACUUACAUUGACCCCGGUGCCCUCAAAGAGCUCCCGCUUCUGAAGUUCCUUGGCAUUUUCAACACUGGACUUAGGGUGUUCCCUGACCUGACCAAAGUUUAUUCCACUGAUGUGUUCUUUAUCCUUGAAAUUACAGACAACCCUUACAUGACCUCAAUCCCUGGGAACGCAUUUCAGGGACUGUGCAACGAGACCUUGACACUGAAACUAUACAACAAUGGCUUUACUUCAGUUGAAGGGCGUGCUUUCAAUGGAACGAAGCUGGAUGCUGUUUACCUGAACAAGAAUAAAUACCUGACAGUUAUUGACAAAGAUGCAUUUGGAGGAGUAUACAGUGGACCAACCUUGCUGUGAGUAAGACAAGCAAAAGAAUAUUUGUUGUUGUUGUUUUCUGGAAGGAAGUGCGGCAUUAAGAGGAGCAGCUGUUGUUCGUGGGUAGGGAAUGCUGUCGUCUUGAACAAAAGCUUCUGCUAGUUCUUUUCUGCCCAGCUAUACAGGCUACUGCUUGGAUGAAAGUUCUUGCUUUUUGAGCCUCAGAAGGCCCCACCCACAGGGAACCAUGCCAUCCUGAUGCCUGAUCAGGCAGUCACCUGGCUGUGGACAUUCACACAGGCCCUCUCAUAGAAAACAAAAACAAAAACACAGAUUAUUUCUGAGCAGCUGCUGUUUGCAAAAUUUGGAGACAUGAGUCUACAAGGAGGUGGGAGGCAUCUAGUCUUUGCAGAAAAUAUGUAUGUGAAUGUGCACUGCACAAUGUCCAGCACGGAGAAGGAAGAAUAUAAAUAGUUUGAUUCAUACCUUGAAAAUCUUAUGAUCACUAGAAAACAUAAGAUGUAAACAUUUUUAAAAACAGCAUGCAAAAAAAUACCUAUUUGUGCAUUUCCUCUGAUUUACACCUCACAUGUCCUUGGUGAUCAAGGUCUGUCUGUGCUGUCUCCC